AAGCCCAACCGACUUAAGCCAAACAGCCCAUCUACACAUUUCAAGCUCUAUCAUUUCCAGAUAUUGUUAACUAUAUAAGCACCUAUACUUACACAGUCACAUGUACCAUUCAUAGGUGUAAGUCUGUCUCAGCGCACUCACAAAGACUAUCUGAUAAUCAGCAACACAAGAUAGCAUGGCGGGUCAGAAAAAUGACUAUGGGAAAAGGUCCCAUUAUCAAUCAGACUAUUCUGGAAAUGGUGGAAGCAAGAGAAGAAAUCCUACUGAUGAUCGAGAGUCGCAUGCUAUUGGACCUGACGAUACAGUGUAUCGCUACUUAUGCCCUGUUAGGAAGAUCGGAAGUAUAAUUGGGAGGGGAGGCGAUAUUGCAAAGCAGUUAAGGCAAGAAACUCGGGCAAAAAUAAGAAUUAAUGAGACCGUGCCAGGUUGUGAAGAGCGUGUUGUCAUAAUUUAUAGUUCUAGUGAGGAAACUAAUAGCUUCGGAGAUAGUGGAGAUCUUGUUUCACCUGCUCAGGAUGCUCUUUUCAAGGUUCAUGAUCGAAUUGUCGCUGAGGACGCACCUGCUGAUGAUGAAUUUGAGGAACCUCACCAAGUCACUGUGCGAAUGCUGGUUCCAUCAGAUCAGAUUGGUUGUGUGAUCGGAAAGGGUGGACAAGUAAUUCAAACUAUUCGUAGUGAAACUCGUGCACAGAUACGGGUCCUUAGCAGUGAACAACAUCUUCCAACUUGUGCUUCAAACUCAGACGAGCUUCUUCAGAUAUCUGGAGAAGGUCCAGUAGUCAAGAAGGCCCUUUAUCAGCUGGCAUGUCGUCUUCAUGAUAAUCCCUCACGGUCCCAACACCUACUCUUGUCCUCAGCAACUAUCCAAAGAUCUGAAGGAGCAUAUAUUCCAAGUGCUGGUGCCCCAAUCAUGGGCGUAGGUUCAUUAAUGGGACCUUAUGGAGGUUACAGGAGUGAUGCAAGAGAUUGGCCAGCUUCUGUGAAGGAAUUCUCACUUCGUUUGGUUUGUCCUACUGAAAAUAUUGGAGCUGUCAUAGGGAAAGGCGGUUCUAUUAUCAAGCAGAUCAGGCAGGAAUCAGGAGCAUCCAUUAAAGUUGAUAGUUCGGCUGCUGAAGGCGAUGAUUGCAUUAUAUCUGUAUCAGCUAAAGAGGCAUUUGAAGAAUCAUCUCCCACCAUUGAUGCAACAAUGCGCUUGCAACCUCGUUGCAGUGAGAAAACUGAAAAGGAUUCUGGCGAUUCUGUAAUCACAACUCGCCUUUUAGUUCCAAGCUCUCGAAUUGGAUGCCUCCUUGGUAAAGGCGGGUCUAUAAUUAGUGAGAUGAGAAAUGCCACGAGGGCAAGCAUUCGAAUUCUUUCAAAGGAAGAUCUUCCCAAAGUUGCACAUGAAGAUGAUGAAAUGGUUCAGAUUACGGGUGACCUUGAUGUUGCCACCAAUGCUCUCUUGCAAGUAAUGAUGCGCUUAAGAUCCAAUACAUUUGAGAUGGAGGGAGCUCUCUUGGCCCCUGCUGUCCCCUACCUUCCGAUGCCAGUGGACAUGUCAGACAGCCCGAGAUAUGAGAGCCGUGAUAGUAAAUCACGUGGGCGUGGAUAUUCAUCGUCUAGCAGAUAUGAAUCUAAUGAUUAUCCCCCGAACGAUGCCUAUGGUAGUUAUGGUGGUUCACAGGGAGGAGGAAGUGGCUAUGGGGCAUACGGUGUCUACUCUGGACGUUCUGGAGGUUCUGGGUUGUAUGGUGAAUCCCCUGUUUCCUAUGGGAAACAUCAUGGUUAUUAGAGACCCUGAUCCCUAGAGCCUGCAGCUUGUGAUCCAUGAUGCCUGAAGCCAGCCCAUUAUACCUUUGAUGAUGCCUUCAGCCUAAACCAGAAGACCAGAAGACCUGAAUAUGAGAAACUAUGUUCAAUUUUGGCCCACCUUUGUUAUUUAGUUUCAUGUGGAACUAGAACUUAUCAAUAGAAAUCUAUGGCCUUGCACCUAGUCAAACUAAGAUCACAAGUAUCAAGACCAUCUGCUGUCAUGUUUUUCUAAAAUGAUUAUUGUUAUUUUAUUUUCAACUAAGUUUCCUUUUAUGCUGUACAAUUAAUGAUGCUGUCCAAUCAUUUUUUUUCCCCUUAGAUGACAUUACGUUUUCGUAAAGAAUUAAGGAUAUGGUAGUUUCAUUUGAUUUU